AUGGCACAGAGAGUCACCCACAGCCACAGCCUGUUCCCUCCUGGCCAGUCUGGGAGGCCCAGGGACGUGCUGGUCAAGUCAGGUAAGACCCAUGCAGAGCCAGACUCCACUCUGUCACUAUGGCAGAACAACAGGUCUGACACAGAGUCUUCAGCAGAAGCCAGAUUUUGUUAUAUGUUAUAGACUUUGUUUAUUUAUGGGAAAGGGAAAUUGUGCAAGUACAGAGAAGGUAGUGAGAUCUGUACAGUAUGUUGAUAAAACAACAUGGUUUUGCAAGGACACUGGGAUGUAUUACUGAGGUUAGCUGGAGGGAACUUUGUAGAUACUAUAUAGAUGUUGUUGUCAGUUUCUAUUUAUGGGGGAGAACGUGUUUCAGACAAAUCUAGGAGGGUUCAUUGGCAGUGCCUGGAACAGACAAACAUGGAGUGAAAUAUACUCGAUGUGAGACACAAAGAGCAUCAGAUCAGUUUCACAGCAAAUCAGCUGUGGACAGCUAGCUAUGUCUAUGACUGAUGAAUUGGCACAGCAGCACAGAUUGUCAUAGUAACAGUUUGGGAACGAUGUGCUGGACACACCAAGGUGUCACUAGGCUCUCUGACUUCACAUGGCAAGAUGAUGACAGCAUAGCAAUUGUAAAUACCUAAUUUGAUUAUUUGAAUAGAGUGUUUAUUUCAGAGAGAUUCAUUCAGAUUAUUUCCAAGCAGAAUUUUCAUGUUUUGUACCCUUGAGAGUCUUGGGACAUUAACAUGUGCUCUGGGCAGAAAAGCCUUACGUCCACUGUCCAUCAAUUGGACAGUGCAGGACCUCCUAUGUGCACUUUAAACUGAUCGAUGGCUGCUCUGUUGUCAUAUAUUGCUCAAACUGUUUGAGACUUCCACCUUUCGCAACCUAUUUUUCUGUGUUUCACUUGCAGUAUCUGGAUGUCUUGUUUAUUUAAGUAGAAGAACACUGGGUUCACCUCUGUGGUAUAAUGGCUGAGUUGUGAUCAAGUCAAAUAAACUGUGCUGCCUGCCGGGCAUGUUAUCAGAGGGUGUGUGACUGACUGCCCUGCAUGAGUAUGACAACAGUAACAUACUCUACUUAAACAUGCACACCAUGUACUUGGGUCCCUUAUUCAAGCAGCAUGUCUGUACCAUUCUGUCUGUAUCACUAAUUAAUCUACAGUGACCCUGAGUGAAUAAUUAGCUUAAUUCAACUCUACAGUCACAAUUCUAAGAAUCGUACUGUAUGAUUCUGAUGGCCUGUCUGGUUAGGCCUAACAUCUGUCUUCCUUGGCUGCUGCUGAUAUGAGGUUAGAGCCCUGCCUUUUUAAUGAUAAUGACUUCAUGGAGCCUCAGUCUGCAUUUCAUGGUGUGUCAUCAAUCUGUAUUCACAGUGUAUUCUGGGAAAACAACUCUCCCGCCCUGUCCCGUGGGAGCCUGCGUUGCCACGACGACAACCAGUGUUCUGUUUGUAUACAAUCUGAGAACUCUUUCACUCUGAUUUUUCCUCCCAAGGUGCAUAGCGUCAGAAGUAAUAAUUUCCCUACCCAAGCCAUCUGCGUGCACUUCCUGGAAUACCAGGGAAGUAAAACUCACUGAAAAACAUUAGAAUGUGCCUUGGUUGAAAGUCAUAAGGAAAUAGUUGGUGACAGGCCAAGCCAUUUCACCUUAAUUUCCCAAAGUAAUUUAUAAUCAAACAAUGUGUAGCCUGCUUUGACUCCAAUAACCACUUACUGGGCGGCAGGUAGUUUAGUGGUUAAGAGCGUUGUGCCAGUAACCGAAAGGUCGCUGGUUCUAAUCCCCUAGCCGACUAGGUGAAAAACCUGUCGAUGUGCCCUUGAGCAAGGCACUUAACCCUAAUUGCUCCUGUAAGUCGCUCUGGAUAAGAGCGUCUGCUAAAUGACGUAAAUGUAAAUGUACUCAGGAUAUGCAGACAUAACCUAAUAGUGGCAAAAUAAAGCAUUUAAAAGAACAAACAGCGACUCAAACUACAUUGCCAUAAAAUGGUUUGCUGCAGAUUGUGGGAGGAUGGGGACUGAAAGGGCUCAUGUUUCUCUAGCCACUGUAGCCUGAGCCUGUUCUCCUGCCACAGACACCCAGAGGAACAUAUGAUUUCCCAUGCUCCUCGAGGGUUAUCAGAGAACCCUCUAAAUGCAUUGUCCCAAUGCAACUGGAUGAUGGACUCAGUGCACAGAGGUACUAUUAACUUACCCAGGGUGCAUUGAGAUGACAUCUAGCUUGGUCUAAAUGUCAAAUCAAUUCAACCACAGUCAGGAUUAUAUGACUGAAGAGCUACUGAAUUCACCUAUGUGUCCGUCUCCUACGUGACACUCUGCAUCUCUUGAUCUUUUGAGAGAGUCUUGUCUAUUUUUAUGAAAGAUAAGUAAACAUUCCAUACUGAGGAUUGUGGACGUAUAUUGCAUAACAAAUGAUACACACAGGAACACAAAGCCAGCACAAAAUGUUGCACAUACAGAUGUGAAUGUACACCCAAACAUGCACACACACAGUACAUACACAGUAUACCCAUAAAGACCACAUUCCUGUCACUGUAUGAGUGGUUGUGUAGAGAUCCAGCAGAGAACUGGAGUACAGUAAGCUGCUUUAGACAUCGCUGCUGCUUUAGAAACUGCCAGAGGUCGGACCAAGUCACUAUUUUUCGAGUCACAAGCAAGUCUCAAGUCACAAGGUCCGAGUCUCAAAUCGAGUCCCAAGUAGAACAGAUCAAGACUCGAGUCAAGUCCAAGUCAUGCAUUCUAAGAGCAAGUCGAGUCACAAGUUUUCAAGUCAAGUCUUAGGUCAAGUUUUAAAAAGUCUAUACAUGCAAUGACUUGGUCAACUACCAAUCUUUGUCUAUUUAUUGACGCUACCAGAUAACCCUGUUCAUUAUUUUGUCUAUAACACAUUUUCAUUAGCCUAAUUAGGGAUAUGGAUCUUGUAGCAGUCGUAAGGGCAUGAAAUCAGCAGAAGGCAAGGCAGGUUGACAUGUUCAGAGUGUAGAUUUAUUUACAAGUCUUGGUGAUCCAAUGGUGAAAGUGCCAUAUCAUACAAAAUAUACAAGUAGAUUUACCAAAUAUACACUGGCAAUAGCCAAAAAGAAAUAGCCUCUGUAUCAGGCUUAACCUGUCCUAUCUGAACAGACACAGGUAGAGGGCAAGACUGUACAGCCUCCCCUUGAGAAACCAAAUCGAAACAGGUAGGCCUACAUAAUAUAAGCACUUGGCCCAAGGGCCAUACAAUUUCAACCAAUAAACUGGUAUACAAUGUAAAAGGCAAUUUCCACAUCCAUUGUUACAUUCAUCUUAAUCAGACAUAAUGAUUAUUAAUGAUAUGUCAACACCAUGCAUACAUGGAACAAUCAUUUUCUCUUAUUCAACGUUCUGACUCCAAAGCGUGGUGCGCAGGCCGUGUAGCCUAUUUCUAUGCGCACUGAGGCAUGCACGCUCUUAUUACGCACAACCAUGGAUGACAGAGACAUAGGACACAGACACACGGAAUGUCUUGUUUUGCACGCUUUGUACAAAAUAAUAAAAUGCAGUACGACAGGAUCUUUCUAAAAGUAGCUCUUUAUUAGCUAUUUGUAACUGGCAUGUUCACGUGUCUGCGGCCAUGAUCAACUGAAAAUGACCUCACGAUCUAGGUGGUCUUAACCAAUCAUAGCGCAGUAUGAUACGACGGUAGAAUGCAACCAAUUACAAUUCAGUAUGUUUACACAUAUGAAUAUUACACCGAACUCCGAAAAUAUGAACAAAGGAAACCAUACAUUGAAUUAAAUAACCAGAACUUCUACCUCAUGAGUCUUGUGAACGUUCAUGUGCACAAUAAACAUUGCGCCCACUCAGCGGGUAAGAAAUGGUUGGCUAAAUGAAAAUGUAUUGUAGGCCUAUCAAACAUGAAACAGAAAUGUCUACCUGUUGCAACACACAGUAAGGGAUGGAAUUAUGAAAUGCUAGCAAUUACUGUAAUAUUAGAUGGAAUAUAUAGAUUUAUCACAUAGGGCCUAUGCAUUUAAAUGCGUGAAAGCAAGAACAAACAUUUCAACAAGAGAAUAAACCACUCUCAGAGUAAUAAUUCAUUUGUAACAAAUUCCAAAUGCAAGCUUCAUGAGUAAAUUAUACAUUUCAAGCAAUUAUUACAUAACAAAAUACCAGUAGGCCUAUGCUAGUAAUUGUUGCCCCAUUGCUGAUGAGCUUGCAAAGUAAACAGUUAAUAUUCUCUAUGAAUUGCAUUUUCCCUGUGCUCUCCCUCUCAUCUCUCUGUAGACUGACAGGCCCACUCUGAUCAGCGAUUAAUAAUGCCCUUAUAAUCCUCAGACAAACAAGACCUCCUGGGUCAUAUAGUUCUGCUGUUGUUCCUUUCAAGUUACUGCAGGUUACUGCACUGUACACAGCUAAAAUGCAAGACUGGCACUGUAUUUGUCAAUCUGCUGUUAGUGGCAUUCUGUUCAAAUGAGAAUUAGGCAGAUGAACAAAAUAGCAUUUCAAGCAAUGGCCUGAAUUCAAUCACCUGUAUUUGCUAAGGCAACCCAAGAGACAGAUUUAUUUCUCCAUCUAAAAUGAGUUGAUGCAUGUCUUACUGUUUUCAAUGCCCAACAUCAUCUCCUGUUGGUCCCAGCCCAUCAACAUCCUGUCACUAGCCCUGAUUGGGAAGUACUGAGACAAGACAACCACAGCUCAUUUCAAUUUUCUGAAAUAUUAAGUAGCAGAGAUGGUGUCUGGUUGCACUUGAGAAAGAGAGUCAUUGUUCUGAGCUAGCCUGCAUGCGUAUGACACCUGAUCUCUCUCCAGAAAGACUCUGGCACGGAUCAGGUGCCUCUUAAUCUGUCUGUUCUGAUGGAACAAAAAAUAUGUGGAAAAUACAAAGGGCUGGGACAUUAGGUACAGACAGUAUAAAACCAUGUCUUUGCUUUAUGUACACUGUAUAUGUACAAAAGUAUGUGGACACCCCUUCAAAUUAGUGGAUUCGGAUAUUUCAGCCACACCCAUUGCUGACAGGUGUAUAAAAUCGAGCACACAGCCAUGCAAUCUCCAUAGACAAACAUUGGCAGUAGAAUGGCCUUACUGAAGAGCUCAUUGACUUUCAACGUGGCACCGUCAUAGGAUGCCACCUUUCCAACAAGUCAGUUCUUCAAAUUUCUGCCCUGCUACAGCUGCCCCGGUCAACUGUAAGUGCUGUUAUUGUGAAGUGGAAACGUCUAGAAGCAAAACUGGCUUAGCCACGAAGUGGUAGGCUACACAAGCUCACAGAACGGGACCGCCAAGUGCUGAAGCGCAUAGCACAUAAAAUGUGUCUGUCCUCAGAUCCAAACUGCCUCUGGAAGCAUUGUCAGCACAAGAGCUGUUCGUCGGGAGCUUCAUGAAAUGGGUUUCCAUGGCCGAGCAGCUGUACACAAGCCUAAGAUCACCAUGAGCAAUGCCAAGCGUCUGCUGGAGUGGUGUAACGCUCACCACCAUUGGACUCUGGAAAAGUGGAAACGCGUUCUCUGGAGUGAUGAAUCACACUUCACCAUCUGGCAGUCUGAUGGACAAAUCUGUGUUUGGCGGAUGCCAGGUGAAUGCUCCCUGCCCCAAUGCAUAGUGGCAACUUUAAAGUUUGGUGGAGGAGGAAUAAUGGUCUGGGGCUGUUUUUCAUGGUUCGGGAUAGGCCCCUUAGUUCCAGUGAAGGGAAAUCUUAACCCUGCAGCAUACAAUUACAUUCUAGACGAUUAUGUGCUUCCAACUUUGUGUCAACAGUUUGGGGAAGGUCCUUUCCUGUUUCAGCAUCACAAUGUCCCCGUGCACAAAGUGAGAUCCAUACAGAAAUGGUUUGACGAGAUCGGUGUGGAAGAACUUGACUGGCCUGCACAGAGCCCUGACCUCAACCCCAUCGAACACCUUUGCAAUGAAUUGGAACGCCGACUGAGAGCAAGGCCUAAUUGCCCAACAUCAGUGCCGACCUCACUAAUGCUCUUGUGGCUGAAUGGAAGCAAGUCCCCGCGUAAAAAUCGUCUAUCCUCGGUUUCAACACUCACUACCGAGUUCCAAACUGCCUCUGGAAGCAUUGUCAGAACAAUAACUGUUUGUCGGAAGCUUCAUGAAAUGGGUUUCCAUUGCCGAGCAAAGAUCACCAUGCGCAACCUCACUAAUGCUCUUGUGGCUGAAUGGAAGCAAGUCCCCGCAUCAACGUUCAAACAUCUAGUGGAAAGCCUUCCCAGAGGAGUGGAGGCUGUUAUAGCAGCAAAGGGGGGACUAACACCAUAUUAAUGCCCAUGAUUUUGGAAUGAGAUGUUUGACGACCAGGUUUCCACAUACUUUUGGUAAUUUAGUGUAUCUGUGUAUGUUCUGACUGGACCAUUUACAUCCUAACAAUGGAACCAACAUUUUAUGAAUGAAUCUAUUACUUCCAUUGAGAGCACUGGGGAGUGACUAAAUCCCAUGUGCUUCACAGAUGUCACUCAGAGAUUGAGUUAUAGUCGCCCCACAUUUAUUAAUUAAUUUGAAAUAAAAAGAAAGUCAAAGUUCGGUGAACCUGGCAUUCCCAAUGGGGUUUGCUUGUGUGUAUGGUUUACAGUGAGCAAAGAGGGUGUAACCUAGCGUGUCAGCAUCUCAACCACAGCAGAGAGGGGGAAAAGGGGGAUAUGGAAUUACCUCGAGCUCCAAAGAGCCCAAACAGAGCCAAGUGCCUUGCGGAUCACCUGCCAUUGCUCAGCUGUUGCCCGGCUAAUGUGUGCAAAUGAGCAGGAAUGUUUCCCCAUCUCCUGUUCUGUGGAUCCAGUGGCUCUUGCCCCUUUAUGUGGAACCUAUGGCCACCUUCCUGUUUCCCUCACUCAAGCCUCAAUUGCUAGUAUAUGUUUACCCUAUUUUCCUUCACAAUCACUAACACUGGUAUCUUUCUCUGUUCAUUCAUCCUGUCCCACCCUCUCUUCUCCUCUCUGCCCUACAGCAUCGGCCUAUGCGGACCUGCAGUGGGAGCAGCAGCCCAGGCAGGAUGGGAGCCACCCACCUCAGGACUACCCUCACAGGGACCAGCCCCCAUUGGCUGGCUACAUCCCCCAGCCCGAUUACAUGGAGGGAGAUGAUGAUCUCAUCAAGCCCAAAAAGCUCCUUAAUCCAGUGAAAGCCUCCAAAAGCCACCAGGACCUCCAACGAGAGUUGCUCAUGAGCCAGAAAAGGUAGAACUCCCACCCAACAGAGUCCCAUACAAAAUAUUGUUAAACUAACAGCUGAUUGAGGUUAUUAUCCAGCAAUCUAGCUAUCAGUGUUUUCCAGUUAUUACAUGCUGUGCUUGUUUCCAUGUGUAUGCAUCUGUGUGUGCACACAGGUCAACCUGACAAGGCAUUCAGCAUUCUAAGCCAAGCCCUCUGUAGUGUUUUGCAUCACUAAUACUCAUAUUGUAUGAGAGGAUGGAUAUUCCUACAGUAAUGCCCCAUUACAGAUCCAUAUGAUAUGACAUUAAAGGCACAUACCAUAUCAUGGCAUUACAAAAAUAAACAGAUCCAGGAUUACUCAUAAUCACAAAGUACCUAAACAUGUAUGGAUUUACAUAAAAGGAGAAGUACAUUCUAAAACAUACAGUGGGGAAAAAAAGUAUUUAGUCAGCCACCAAUUGUGCAAGUUCUCCCACUUAAAAAGAUGAGAGAGGCCUGUAAUUUUCAUCAUAGGUACACGUCAACUAUGACAGACAAAAUGAGAAAAAAAAUUCCAGAAAAUCACAUUGUAGGAUUUUUAAUGAAUUUAUUUGCAAAUUAUGGUGGAAAAUAAGUAUUUGGUCAAUAACAAAAGUUUCUCAAUACUUUGUUAUAUACCCUUUGUUGGCAAUGACACAGGUCAAACGUUUUCUGUAAGUCUUCACAAGGUUUUCACACACUGUUGCUGGUAUUUUGUCCCAUUCCUCCAUCAAUAUCUCCUCUAGAGCAGUGAUGUUUUGGGGCUGUCGCUGGGCAACACGGACUUUCAACUCCCUCCAACGAUUUUCUAUGGGGUUGAGAUCUGGAGACUGGCUAGGCCACUCCAGGACCUUGAAAUGCUUCUUACGAAGCCACUCCUUCGUUGCCCGGGCGGUGUGUUUGGGAUCAUUGUCAUGCUGAAAGACCCAGCCACGUUUCAUCUUCAAUGCCCUUGCUGGUGGAAGGAGGUUUUCACUCAAAAUCUCACGAUACAUGGCCCCAUUCAUUCUUUCCUUUACACGGAUCAGUCGUCCUGGUCCCUUUGCAGAAAAACAGCCCCAAAGCAUGAUGUUUCCACCCCCAUGCUUCACAGUAGGUAUGGUGUUCUUUGGAUGCAACUCAGCAUUCUUUGUCCUCCAAACACGACGAGUUGAGUUUUUACCAAAAAGUUAUAUUUUGGUUUCAUUUGACCAUAUGACAUUCUCCCAAUCCUCUUCUAGAUCAUCCAAAUGCACUCUAGCAAACUUCAGACGGGCCUGGACAUGUACUGGCUUAAGCAGGGGGACACGUCUGGUACUGCAGGAUUUGAGUCCCUAGCGGCGUAGUGUGUUACUGAUGGUAGGCUUUGUUACUUUGGUCCCAGCUCUCUGCAGGUCAUUCACUAUGUCCCCCGUGUGGUUCUGGGAUUUUUGCUCACCGUUCUUGUGAUCAUUUUGACCCCAAGGGGUGAGAUCUUGCAUGGAGCCCCAGAUCGAGGGAUAUUAUCAGUGGUCUUGUAUGUCUUCCAUUACCUAAUAAUUGCUCCCACAGUUGAUUUCUUUAAACCAAGCUGCUUACCUACUGCAGAUUCAGUCAUCCCAGCCUGGUGCAGGUCUACAAUUUUGUUUCUGGUGUCCUUUGACAGCUCUUUGGUCUUGGCCAUAGUGGAGUUUGGAGUGUGACUGUUUGAGGUUGUGGACAGGUGUCUUUUAUACUGAUAACAAGUAAAAACAGGUGCCAUUAAUACAGGUAACGAGUGGAGGACAGAGGAGCCUCUUAAAGAAGAAGUUACAGGUCUGUGAGAGCCAGAAAUCUUGCUUGUUUGUAGGUGACCAAAUACUUAUUUUCCACCAUAAUUUGCAAAUAAAUUCAUUAAAAAUCCUACAAUGUGAUUUUCUGGAUUUUUUUUCCUCAAUUUGUCUGUCAUAGUUGACGUGUACCUAUGAUGAAAAUUACAGGCCUCUCUCAUCUUUUUAAGUGGGAGAACUUGCACAAUUGGUGGCUGACUAAAUACUUUUUUCCCCACUGUAGAUAUCAUUAGUCACGAAAGGUCAGAUGACAACUGAUCAUAUUGCUACAAUGGUGUAAUCCCACUUCUCAAUUAUAUAAACCAAAGGUACUUUAUUGUAACAACAUAACAAACAGAAAGGAUUGGGUUUAAAAAGGGUCAUAAUGAUUUAAACAAAGUGUAACAGCAUAGGCAACAUUCCCAUUUCUCCUCUCUCCCUCUCCUGACCAGAACCUCAUACACUGCCCCUCCAAAAUGCUUUCUGAAAGGGGUCUUGGUGAUCCACUCACAACAUAGGCUAGUAACUACACUUAAAAGUUGCCAAAAUAUUUAGUUCCUAUGAAGCAGGAUAUUUUCAACAUGCCAGGUUGGGUACACUCUUAUAAAAAAGGUUUCCAAAAGGGUUCUUCGGCUGUCCCAAUAGGAUAACCCUUUUUGAUUCAAGGUAGAACCCUUUUUGGUUCCAUGUAAACCCUCUGUAGAAAGGGUUCAACAUGGAACCCAAAAGGGUUAAUCAAAGGGUUCUCCUAUGGGGACAGUCGAAUAACCCUUUAAGGUUCUAGGUAGCACCUUUUGAAGAACCCUUUUUUGUUCCAGGUAGACCCUUUUGCAUAAAAACAAGUCGUCUAUCGUUGAAUGACAACACACACUUCAUUGAAGAAUCCCUAAUGUUGACCAAUGACCGACAAAGGAGCAAGGACAAUAUUUGUGGGCACGAACAGCUGUAAAAACCCUUGCCGAAGACCAAAACGAACAAAAACAUCACAACAUUUUCCAAACUGUUUCAGAUGGGAAGCUUGUGGAUGCCUUAAGGCAUAUAAAAUAGCAACUACUCAAACAGGGCAGUGUUUUCUCUCCAUUGAAACCUGUCGUCUGUCUGUCUCUCUCUCUUUCUCUCUCUCAACAUUCAGAUCUCUUUAAUUAACAGGCCCAUUAGAAGCCAGCUGUUGCUAGGUGACAACCCACCAAGAUACUGUCCGUAUCGCUGAGUUGUUGGGAACUGGGAAAAUCCCCAUGGCUCAAGCACUCCAACCCUCCUUGAGGGGACAGUGGGAACUCAAACCUUUAGGAGAGUGGGCAACAGAGGGCCUUUUAUGCCCCUCCAGCCCUGCUGUUUUCUAGUGUUCCUCUUGUUUGUUUCAUUAUGCAGUUGGAUUUUUAUUUAUAGUCAUGGUUUUCAGUGAUCAUAAACAUGAAUCCAAAUCUUCUCCAACAUGCAAGAAGAAUGUCAUUAUAUAAUGCCAUAGAAUGUCAUAGAAUGGGAACCCCAUUCCCAGGAAGAUAGAAUGGGGCGCAUGACGGUGAAAUACCUCCCUUAUCUGCUCUUCCCUUUCUGUAAACACUCUACAGUAUGUUCAUUUGUAUGGUGUGUCUGACCUGUAUCUGAACAUGCUUACACUGUAGUGUUAGUCAGUUAAUCAAUUAGGUGCUAAAUAGGUUAUAAUAACAACAUCAUCAUACAGGAGAGCCAGACCAAUCGGUCAUAGCCCACUAGUCUAGCAGUACAUAAUUCACUGUAAAGCAAAUCUGUUAAAAAAAGGACAUGCAUGUCUCACCUGCAGCCUCUCUUCUAGUAAUAUGACCCUUAUUAAAUAUGUCCACCUUCCAGUGUUGAUAUGACAGAGAGUGGAAGAACCAGUACACUAAACCUGGAGUGUUCCUAGUGUGAGAAAUGGGAAGAAUAUAAAAACAUCUUUCCUCUGGGCUAUGUAAGGUUAUCUUUCACUGAACCUGCCUUUGGUGCUUCUGUCAAUGUUCAUCUAGAACAAACAGACCACCACAUUGAGGGCCCAUUUGUCCGUGAUCAGCAGAUUAUUAUAUUUCUCUUGAGAUGCACACAUAUGCAUUAGCUUCUGCUUUUCUACAGGCAGGCAGGCAGAUACUCAGAGGUUAGCUGGCAUGGCACCAUGCUUUCAAUUAAGCAUUUAUCUGCAGGGCUUGGGUUGGCACUGCUACUGGUGCUAAGAGGGGUAUGGCUGUGAGAGUCAAAGACCAGAAGAGGCAAUCUGUGUUGGGCACCAUGACAGAGAGAGCCCUAACAACGCUGGGAGAUAAGCCACACCACUGAGGUGGGGGGUGCAGGAAUUAGGUCAUCAAACUGAACAGUCUCUCUCUCUAACUGAUUGGUCUCCACUCUCUUUUCUCUAAUUGCUUUUUCUCUCCUUCUCUCGUUCGCUCUCUUACUGUAGAUAAGGCUUUUUGUAUCAUUGAGUGGCAUUGAUGGCUGGGAGAUCUGAGGGGGUGGAUGGAAGAGAAAAGAGGGACCAAAAAGCAUGGACAACAACACACAGAGAGAGAAAACAUGUUUGGGUUCAAAUGUCACUCCAGUUCACAAUGCUGUGUAGUUAGAAAGGAAACAGGAACCUAUCUAUGGAUUUCUAAGCAGUGAGGAGGUAUAGAGGAGUCAGUGGUCCCAGGGUCAUGAGUAUGGACGACAGAAACCAGAAAGUAAUAUAGUGGGCUCAGAUAUCAGCCCUUUUAAUGUGCUAUUCUUGCCCUGUGGUUGGCCAGCAAACUAUACCUUCUAUAGAUUUCUUGUGGAAAAUAGAUUGUAGUCAAUACUGGUAGUGUGUUUCUUUCAUAAACAGGCUGCUGCUAUUUACAGCAGUCUAGUAGUGUGUGUGUGUGUGUGCGUGUGAGAGUGUGCGUGUGCAUGUGUGUGUCUGUGUGUGUGAGUGUGCAUGUGCAUGAGCGAGUGUGCGUGUACAUGUGCAUUUGUGCAGAGAAGAGGGUGAAUGCUGAUGAACACAGAAUCACUCUAUUUUAAUCACCUCCAUGUUUGUUUGUGUACACCUCCCUGACUUAUUCGAUGAGCACAGACAAAAUUAAUGAAAACACUAAUCACACCUCCCAUAGCAGCCCUCCCUCUCUCUGUCACAUAAUAAAAACCUGUGACUGCACCUCCCUAAGGAACAAGAAGGCACUACAUUGAUUUAAUUAACAGUCUCACAGAGAAGAGGUGAGAGGAGGAUUACGAAGAGACCCACUGUUUUGAUUUAUAUUUGGUUGAGUUGUCAACGUGAAAUCAUCCAAAAAUGUCACUGUGUCAUUGGAUUUAGUUUAAAUGUUAAAUCCACCUAGAAGUUGGAUUUAGGUGAAAAAAAGACACAAUUCCCUUAUGUUGAUGACUUUUUGCAAAUCCAAUAAGUUUUCCACGUUGAUUCAACGUAAUCACAUUGAAUUAUUUGAGGUGAAAUGACGUGGAAACAACAUUGAUUCAACCACUUUUUGCCCAGUGGAGAGUUCAACACCUAUCUUAUCCUGAGUGUAAUAGCUUGUCACUCUGAAGAUAGCUGAUGUGGGAUAUCGAGGGUAGAUAUUGAAUGAAUUCUUUAUCAGUUUUAGAGGCCACGUGCAGUGAUUGAAUGAAUUCAAAGUAGAUUAACAAUUGAGAAGGAUGGUAUUCUUCCAUCCUGAUAGAACAAAAGUCCCACCACCAAGCCUCAGUCAGCAGUGUGAUUCCUGCUGACUUUUUCUAUCUAAUUAGAAAAGAGGCUGCCAAUUAAUCUGAAUGGAUUGGCAUCACCAUAGAGAUUCAGAGACACACACAGAAACACAGCUCGUGGAUCACCAGUCCAUAGCCCACUCAUGUUAGGACUACAGGAGCAUGUAUCAGCAGGGAAAUUAGCUUUAGGCUACUUCUAUGUCUGCUAAACUGCAACAUAAUCUUUUCGUUAUUUUUGUCAUAUUAUUAUAAUAGAAUCGUGAAAAAAAUAAAUGGUUGAGGAUAGGAUAUCGCAUGACAGAGCAAAAUCUGAAUUUAGCAUUUAGCAUGAUAAGAGUGACAUCUACUGGAAAAAAAAGAGGAAAACAUUGAAGUUAAAUUCAAAUGCAGACGACCUUAGUAAAUAUCUUCUCUCCCUCGGGCUCAAAGGGGUUGUGUUGUUGGUGUGGAGUCUAAGCCGGAGCUGCAGCGCGUGUUGGAGGCCAGGAAGAGGGAAAAAAUGAUCAAGCAGAGGAAGGAAGAAGAUGAGGCCAGAAAGAAGAUCUCUCCUCUGGAACAAGAGCUCCUCAAGAGGAAGGAGAAGCUAGAAGAGGUAGGAGGAAUCAUCAAAUCAAAUCAAAUCAAAUGUUAUUGGUCACAUGCGCCGAAUACAACAGGUGCAGACAUUACAGUGAAAUGCUUACUUACAGCCCUUAACCAACAGUGCAUUUAUUUUAAACAAAAAAAGUAAAAAUAAAACAACAACAAAAAAAGUGUUGAGAAAAAAAAGAGCAGAAGUAAAAUAAAAUAACAGUAGGGAGGCUAUAUAUACAGGGGGGUACCGUUGCAGAGUCAAUGUGCGGGGGCCAGGGGCGGUGUGUUCAUUAGGGCGAUAUGGGCGACGCACUGCCAAACGGGAAAAGGAAGGGAUUUUUUUUCUAAUCAAUUAUAUCACGGCAACAGUAGUUAUCAGUGUUCUAAUCUAGACGUCUGAUCUGCCACUAAAUGUCCAAUCAGGCUAAAGUCGUGCUUCAAAUGGCCCCGGCCCUUUUGGGGCGAUUUCAGUCAGGUUGAAAAUCGCCCCAGAAGUCUCUUUUUUUUUUCAAAUAUCAGAGCUUUCAAUACAAUCUCUAUGGGUUCCAGGAGGGCUUGCACUUACGCGCUUUCGUCAUACGUAACAUAACCAUGAACGUAACUAAGAAAAGAGCGGGUAGCAGCGUCAAUCAAUUCACGUACUACUGUCAAGAUGGCUAGCGUUCAGUGCAACUCGAUUGUCUCUUUGAAAGAAGUUCCUUUUUGUCGGCGAACAAAUCAAGAUAAAUUGGCAACGAAACAAUUAGGACCUCCCAGACCAAAUUUAAUAAUUCAACAGGUUUCUACUAAAGGGGGAAAGUCCUACACCCGAGGAUUUUCCAAAAAUUGGUACGAACGAAAAACCUGGCUAGCAGGCUGCGAUGUAGCUAAUGUAGUCUUCUGCUACCCCUGCUUACUCUUUCACCCUGAAGGCGGCACGGCAGACAGCACCGCUUGGACAGCGACUGGUGUAACGGACAUGCACCAUCUUUCAGAAAAGAUUAAGAAACAUGAGCUGUCAAAGACCCACAUGGAUAGCUGUUUGAGAUUGUCUGCUUUGGGGAGAGUGAACAUUGCCACUCAACUGGAUGAGGGAUACAGGCUAGCUGUCCGCCGCCACAACGAUGAGGUUAGCAAGAACCGCCACAUCCUCAGCCGGCUAAUCCAGUGUGUGAAGUUUUGCGGAGUGUUUGAGUUAGCUUUGCGAGGCAAAGAUGAAACUGAGGGCUCCACCAACCCUGGUAUUUUUCUUGGACUUGUCAACUUUGUGGCACAAUUAGAUGAGGUGUUUUAUGGAAAUGCAUAUUGUUUAUGCAGUGUUGAGGAAUGUGAAAAAACACCCUUGAUUAUUUUUACUGUGAUAACUUAUUUUGCUUUUGUAAGCCAACACUUUUGAGAUCAGUCAAUAAAUGCUUCUGGUAUUGACUUAUAUGCUGCCCCUGUCUUCAUGUUGUUGCUGGACAUAUCUUUUUUAAAAUGUGUGUAGGUCACCUAAAUCAUCAGAAAAAUUGCCCCCCCUGAGAAUUUUUUCAGGAGCCGCCACUGGCGGGGGCACCGGCUAGUUGAGGUAGUUGAGGUAAUAUGUACAUGUGGGUAGAGUUAAAGUGACUAUGCAUAAAUAAUUAACAGAGUAGCAGCAGCGUAAAAAGGAUGGGGUGGGGGGGCAGUGCAAAUAGUCCGGGUAGCCAUGAUUAGCUGUUCAGGAGUCUUAUGGCUUGGGGGUAGAAGCUGUUGAGAAGUCUUUUGGACCUAGACUUGGCACUCCGGUACCGCUUGCCGUGCGGUAGCAGAGAGAACAGUCUAUGACUAGGGUGGCUGGAGUCUUUGACAAUUUUGAGGGCAAUACAAUUAUAUUGCUAUAGAGCAUUUUAUAAAUGCUUCAGUCAUAAAUUGAUUGAAUAAACUCCCUUUUGUUUCUGAUUCAGUUGGAGAAGGAGCAGGAAAAACAAGAGGAGGAGACAGUGAAAGCCCCAGAGUUUGUCAAGGUCAAGGAGAACUUGAGACGGACGUCCUUUCACAGUAAUGGAGAGAAAGAGGUGUAG